AUGGACAGAUCUGACUAUGACCUGGAGUAUGACAGCUACCCAGAUGACCUCUACGACAGGGUGUUUGACUACCAGCGUGUCCCAGCCUCUGUAAUGCCAGUCCCAGUGGAGCCCAGCCCUAUGAAACACUCCCGCGACCCCUCUUCCGGCCUGCAACGCUCCAGAGACAGACCACAGGGCAAGAGGAGCGCCCCGCGCACCGGCUCUUCCAGCACCAGGGCCAAGUUGAAGAUGGCAGAGGUGCUGGCCAUAAAGAGGGAGUUGACUCUGAUCAAGGUGCAGAUUGACGGACUGCUCGACAGCGUGGACAAGAUGGACAGACAGAGGAAGGACCAGUCAGAUUCCCCUCCGACCCAGGAGGGCAGUGUGUCGGACUCAGUCAGCAGUCUGUACGAUUCUCCCAUCAGCCUCCCCCACAGACAGAGGGAGAGCCCAGAGCCUGGAGAGGCCUGCAAUGAUGACCACCACCUCCAACACUACCAGCGCCACCGCAGGAUAAAUAACCAUCACUCUGAUCUGGAGGAUGACAUGUGAGGAGAUCAGACUAAAGGAACCCAGUGACAGCAGUACAAAGAGAUGGAGGGGGUUCAAGUGAAAGGAGGCGUGAUCAUCUCUAAUCACAGUCAACAUGGACACAACCCUCAAAUAAAUAUACUGUUCAUUACAAAGUAGAACUGGGACGAUAAACCGGAAAUGAUCGACAACAACCAUACCGAUCACUUAUCGCAGGCAUUUUGCUGAUAUCGUUCAUUACGAUAAGUAGCCUAUACUAGAGAAAUGUGAAGUUUGAAA